AUGGCACAGGGACUCGACGCGUUCCUCGUGAUCGGAGACGUCUACCGGAGGGACGAAGUCGAUCGGACACACUAUCCGUGCUUCCAUCAGGUUUGUUUAACGCGCGGAAUUUCUGAAAAAUUCACUGUGACCCACUUGCUAUUAUUAUUCUUGCUGAAAAUUAGCGGUGAACGUUGAAACUUGCAUUUUUUCAGAUCGAAGGCGUCCGGCUGUACUCGCGUGACGAGUUGCUCGGAAAGAAAUCGGACGGCGAAAACGCGGCCGAGCUGUUCGCUGCGAGUCCCGACGCCGAGAGACUACCGGAAAAACAGGAGACGCACAGUCUGGACGCGACGAAGGCGGCGGAAAUCCAGCUGAAGCAGUUUCUGGAGAGUCUCUGCGAUGAACUGUUCGGGAAAGGCGCCGAGAAGCGGUGGGUCGAGGCGUACUUCCCGUUCACGCAUCCCUCGUUCGAACUCGAAGUCUUCUAUAACGGACAGUGGCUCGAGGUGCUUGGAUGCGGCAUCAUGGAGCAGAAAUUGCUCGAGUCGGCCGGCGUCCGCCACAAAAUCGGAUGGGCUUUUGGCAUCGGGCUCGAGCGCAUCGCCAUGGUCCUCUACGGAGUUCCCGACAUUCGGUGCGUCUUUGCUCGCUGAAAUUUAUACAGAUUUUAAUGGCUUUUAGACUGUUCUGGUCAAAAGACACUGGAUUCUUGUCACAGUUUGCCGGAAAAUUGCCGUCGGACGAAGUGAAGUACAAGCAGAUCAGUGCACAUCCACAGGUGACCUGUUUUUCAAUGGGAAACACGUUUUCAAGUUUGCUGUAGGUGAUUUUUGACAUUUCGUUCUUCGUGCCCGCCUCGACGCAAUUCAACGACAUGACCUCCGACGUGUACGAUACGAUUCGGACUAUCGGAGGCGAACUUGUGGAGCAAGUGCAACUGACGGACGAGUUCGAGAAUAAAAAGAAGGCGAAGAAGAGUCAGACGUACCGAAUUGUGUACAGAAGUCACGAAAAGGCACUCACCAAGGAGGAGGUAGGAAAUUACCCCAAUUUUUGUGCAACUCACUCAAGCAACCCACUUUUCCCUACGCGAAAUCGACGUAUUGGCGAUUUUCGAGCGGAAAAGUGGAAAAGAAGAAGCGAAGCGACAAAAGCGGAGUGUUACUUUCCAGAAAUUUGGUUUCUUUACUAUUUUUGGUCUUUCACACUCGCACAGUUAUCAAUUUAGCAAUGUUCACAAAAAGUGCCUUUUUUGUACACGACCUACGUGAUUGGAUCUCUCAACAAGAUCUGAUCUUCAGAAUCAUGUAGGCCAUGUUAAAGGCAAAAAAGGCCUGCACUUUUGACCCGCUUGCAAUACUCCGAUUGUACCCAAACUUUACAGGCUUCUUAGACUUGGAUUGAAGUAUUCUGGUUUCAAGUUUCAGACCGACCGGUUUAUCUGGUCCCGAGAUGUGCUCGUUCUUCACAAAGUCAGCAUGUCUCGGGGGACCACAUGAUGAUCGGAUCAGUCUGAAACUUGGACCCAUGAAGUCUGUUAAAUUUCGGUCCGAUCGGAUUGUUGCAAGUAGUCAUAAUCCUCCGCUUCCGAAUUCUAUCAAUGAUAAUCCUUGCAAAGCUGUAAAGCUGUUCAAAAUCCAGGCUCUCCGAGCUGCUCCCGAUUGAUAAUCGAUCAUAAAAGUGGUGACAUUUGCAGGUGAAUGUGAUCCACAAGCAGAUCGAACAAACACUCGCCGACAACUUUGGAGUUUCGCUCCGAUAG